UUUUAUUAAAGAAAAGCAAUUUUAUACUAAGAUGGGAGGAAAGUACUCUGUGAUCAAAGAUUUAACAAGAGACGAUCAAGUUCAUAAGAAUCCAUAUCGAAGCAAUUAUGGUUAUCAGCCAAACACAAGAUACGAUGAUGGCAGAAGUUCUGUUACAGAGGAGACCUAUUCCCUUUCUGAUACUUCUGAAGUUAUUAAAGAGAAUCCUGAUGACUAUGUUUUUGCUCCACCAGACUAUGAUGGAAUGUACUUAUCACCAGAUUUUAUGUUGGAUGGGGAAGAUAUAAAAAAUGCUAGUGUUGUUUCUGAAUUGCAACAUGCUGAAAGUCACACAGUUCAUUAUGAAAAUGUAAAUUUUCAUCAAAAUAUAAACAAUGAUUUUGAGGAGAAUCGACAUUCUCAAGUUGUAGACGUAGAAGUUCAUCUUCCUAACUUGUUCAGAAAAAAGUCAGCAAACUUAUAUGAAACAGUUCCAAUUGACGCAACCACUGCUCAAAAUAAGGAAAUAAAUUCUAAUUUUACCUCAUUGGUUUCCCCACAUAUAGAUGAAAAUAAACUUGCAGUGUAUUUAGACCUGAUGAAUUCAGAAACAUGUAAUUUUGUUGAGGAAUCAAAUUUAGAAAGUCAAUGUAAUAUUGUAGAGGAAUUAAAUUUAGAAAGUCAUGAAGUAAAUUCAGAUAGCUUAUUGCAGACAAGUUCAAAUGGAACAAGCGAUAGCUGCACAUUAUAUACUAUCUUUCCUUCUUCUGAAGAAGUACAUAAAACAACUACUUCAGAACCAAAAUUGUCCAAUGAUGUUUCACUUCAACCCUCAAUCUCUAAAACUCAUGAAAAUAAUAUACCAACUGUUACACCAGCUACUGCAAAUAACAGUUCUCAAGAUGAAAUCGUUGAAGAUAAAUCAUUACCAGUAAAAGAGGAAACAAAUAUAGAAAAUAAUGAAAAAUUUGUGAAUAAUUUGGUACAGCCAACUUUACUUGAAUCUGAUAUUACCUCUUCUCCUUCUACUUCGUCUCAAUCUUAUGAGCUAGAAGUGUUACCUACAUCAAGUGUAAUAUCUCCUGCACAUGAAACUACUACUUCAGAACCAAAAUUGCCUAAUGAUGUUUCACUCCAAUCUUUAUCCUCUGAAACUCAUGAAAAUAAUGUACAAACUGUUACACCAGCUGCUACAAAUAACAGUUCUCAAUCUGAAAUCGUUGAAGAUAAAUCGUUACCAGUAAACAAGGAAACAAAUAUAGAGAAUGAUGAAAAAUUUGUGGAUAGUUUGGUACAGCCAAGUUUACUUGAAACCGAUAUUACCUCUUCUCCUUCUACUUUAUCUCAUUCUCAUGAGCUAGAAGUGUUAUCUACAUCAAGCGUAUUAUCUCCUGCACAUGAAACAAUUAUUUCAAUACCAAAAUUGUCUAAUGUUUCAUUCCAAUCAUCAUCCUCUGAAACUCAUGAAAAUAAUGUACAAGCUGUUACACCAGCUGCUACAAAUAACAGUUCUCAAUCUGAAAUCGUUGAGGAUAAAUCGUUACCAGUAAAAGAGGAAACAAAUAUAGAAAAUGAUGAAAAGUUUGUGGAUAAUUUGGUACAGCCAAGUUUACUUGAAACCGAUAUUACCUCUUCUCCUUCUACUUUAUCUCAUUCUCAUGAGCUAGAAGUGUUACCUACAACAACCCUAAUAUCUCCUGCACAUGAAACAACUACUUCAGAACCAAAAUUGUCUAAUGAUGUUUCAUUCCAAUCAUCAUCCUCUGAAACUCAUGAAAAUAAUGUACAAGCUGUUACACCAGCUGCUACAAAUAACAGUUCUCAAUCUGAAAUCGUUGAAGAUAAAUCGUUACCAAUAAAAGAGGAAACAAAUAUAGAAAAUGAUGAAAAAUUUGUGGAUAAUUUGGUACAGCCAAGUUUACUUGAAACCGAUAUUACCUCUUCUCCUUCUACUUUAUCUCAUUCUCAUAAGCUAGAAGUGUUAGCUACAUCAGGCGUAAUAUCUCCUGCACAUGAAACAACUAUUUCAGAACCAAAAUUGUCUAAUAUUUCAUUCCAAUCAUCAUCCUCUGAAACUCAUGAGAAUAAUAUACAAACUGUUACACCAGCUGCUACAUAUAACAGCUCUCAAUCUGAAAUCGUUGAAGAUAAAUCAGAAACAUCAGUGAACGAGGAAUCAAAUGUAGUAAAUCAUGAAAAAAAUGUUGAUAAUUUGGUAGAACCAGGUUUGCUUGAAACCCAUAUUACCUCUUCUCCUUCUACUUUAUCUCAUUCUUAUGAGCUAGAAGUGUUACCUACAUCAAGCGUAAUAUCUCUUACACAUGAAACAACUACUUCAGAACCAAAAUCAUCUAAUGAUGUUUCACUGCAAUCAUCAUCUUUUGAAGCUCAUGAAAAUAAUAUACAAACUUUUACACCAGCUGUUACAAAUAACAGUUCUCAAUCUGAAAUCGUUGAAGAUAAAUCAGAAACAUUAUCAGUGAAAGAGGAAUCAAAUGUAGUAAAUCAUGAAAAAAAUGUUGAUAAUUUGGUAGAACCAGGUUUGCAUGAAACCGAUAUUAUCUCUUAUCCUUCUACUUUAUCUCAUUCUUAUGAGCUAGAAGUGUUACCUACAUCAAGCGUAAUAUCUCUUACACAUGAAACAACUACUUCAGAACCAAAAUCAUCUAAUGAUGUUUCACUGCAAUCAUCAUCUUUUGAAGCUCAUGAAAAUAAUGUACAAACUGUUACACCAGCUGUUACAAAUAACAGUUCUCAAUCUGAAAUCGUUGAAGAUAAAUCAGAAACAUCAGUCAAAAAGGAAUCACAUUUAGUAAAUCAUGAAAAAAGUGUUGAUAAUUUGGUAGAACCAGGUUUGCUUGAUACUGAAAUAACCUGUUCUCCUUCGUCUUUAUCUCAUUCUCAUGAGCUAGAAGUGUUACCAACAUCAAGCGUAAUAUCUCUUACAUAUGAAACAACUACUUCAGAACCAAAAUCAUCUAAUGAUGUUUCACUCCAAUCAUUAUCUUCUGAAACUCAUGAAAAUAAUGAACAAACUAUUACACCAGCUACUACAAAUAACAGUUCUCAAUCUGAAAUUGUUGAAGAUAAAUCAUUGACAGUAAAAGAGGAAACAAAUAUAGAAAAUGAUGAAAAAUUUGUGGAUAAUUUGGUACAGCCAAGUUUACUUGAAACCGAUAUUACCUCUUCUCCUUCUACUUUAUCUCAUUCUCAUGAGCUAGAAGUGUUACCUACAUCAAGCGUAUUAUCUCCUGCACAUGAAACAAUUAUUUCAGAACCAAAACUGUCUAAUGUUUCAUUCCAAUCAUCAUCCUCUAAAACUCAUGAAAAUAAUGAAGAAACUGUUACACCAGCUGCUACAAAUAGCAGUUCUCAAGCUGAAAUUGCUGAAGAUAAAUCAGAAACAUUACCAUUGAAAGAAGAAUCAAAUUUAGAAAAUCAUUAAAAAUAUUUUGAUAGUCUGUUAAAGCCCAAUUUACUCUAAAUUGAUAAUACAUGUUCUCCUGACCUUUUCUCAAUCUCACUAAGAAGAAUUUUUUUUUUUUUUUUGACUAAAUACAGCAUCUUUUGCUCAUGAAUCAACUUAUUUGAAACCUAGAGUUGUUGAUUAUAUCAAUCUUCAGAAACCCAAUUAAAACAAAAAUUACCUAUUGAUGUUGAUUUCAGUCCUAUUUUUCAGAAGUUAAGGAAUUGAUAAUAUGCGAUUCAAAGUAUAAUUCUUUAUUAGAAUAAACAUAUCCAACCAACUUUAUAAUAAACCGGUUAAAUCAUUAAUUCCCCUCUAUACGCCUACGUUUCUGGAAUCUUAAAUUUCUAAGAAUCUUAAUCUAAUUGUAUUAGAAACAAGUGUUACACCAAUUAUUAAAUAUACAAGUUACUGGCCCUUAUUCUGAUGACAUCAAUAAUGCAUUUUUUCUUAAUUUUAGUUUGCUUUUUCAAACCAGAAGGUUUGUUUGGAGAUACUAUUAUUAAGUUGAAAAUGUUCUUUUGCGAUAAUUAAAGCGUUAUCUGUUUUUAUUUUACGUUGAAUUGGAUGUUUAUAAAGUGUUUUAUAUAUCUUUUCAUGUUUUUCAAUAUACCUUUGAAUAUAUAGAUAUAUAUUUUUUUAGUUAAAUCAUUUGUAUUUUUACAUUUUUGUAACAGUUCCUAACUUCUUUAGCAUAAUAAACAUACAUUUUGCUA